ACACACACCCCCGUAGGUGGUCUCUUCCGGAGUUUUCUGGCCCUGCAGCAAAUGAUUUCCUCCUCGGACGGAGGGCGCUAGAUUGUCCCUGGUCCCUGUCGGCUUUACAGGUACCCUGCCCCUUUCCGUCCACUCUGGGUUGUGUCUCUCUUGUCUGCGCCCCCUCUUCCCCUGCCACGAGUGCCGCUUGGUCUCGCCUGCCCCUCCCCCCUGCGUUGGGCCCCCGUGGCCGCAAGGGGUCCCGGCGGGAAGCGGCAGACGAGCCCACUUUGCGGCCUCCAUCGGGGGAGGGGAGCGAGGAUUCCUUCCUACGUGACGGUUUCUAGUCUGCGAAAGGAGGCGGCGUCUGGGCUCGGCCUUCGCCCUACGCGCGAGCGAGCGCGGCAGGACGGUCCAUUGUGUUGGCCCGAGAGGUAGGGGUGGGCGUGGCGGAUCCACGUCCUCGCGGAGCUUUCCCGGGCGGACUCCACUCUCAUCCCCAGGGGGCUGCGGUGCUGAGGAUGAGUGGGGAAGGGGAGAACCCGGCCAGCAAGCCCACGCCUGUGCAAGACGUGCAGGGUGACGGGCGCUGGAUGUCUCUGCACCAUCGGUUUGUAGCGGACAGCAAAGACAAGGAACCCGAAGUAGUCUUUAUCGGGGACUCCUUGGUUCAGCUAAUGCACCAAUGUGAGAUCUGGCGGGAGCUCUUCUCACCUCUGCAUGCACUUAACUUUGGCAUUGGUGGUGACAGCACACAGCAUGUACUCUGGCGGCUUGAGAACGGGGAGCUGGAGCACAUCCGGCCCAAGAUUGUGGUGGUCUGGGUGGGCACCAACAACCAUAGCCACACAGCAGAACAAGUGACAGGUGGCAUCAAAGCCAUCGUACAACUGGUGAACAAGCUGCAGCCCCAGGCACGGGUGGUUGUGCUGGGCCUGCUUCCGAGAGGCCAGCACCCCAACCCACUUCGAGAGAAAAACCGACAGGUAAACGAGCUGGUUCGGGCAGCACUGGCUGGCUACCCCCGAGCCCACUUCUUAGAUGCAGACCCUGGGUUUGUGCAUUCUGAUGGCACCAUAAGUCACCAUGACAUGUAUGAUUACCUACACCUGAGCCGCCUGGGGUACACACCUGUCUGCCGGGCCCUGCACUCCUUGCUUCUUCGUCUCUUGGCCCAAGAUCAGGGCCAAGGCAUCCCUCUGCCAGAGACAGCAUCCUAAGCAUCUUUCCUUCCCUUGAUAUUAAAUGCUUCUUCUCCUC